CUGCAUCAGAGGUAAUUCAUUAACAAUUACAGUAACUACUGUGUAGAUGGUUGCCGUUGUUUGGUGUAAUUUCUUCCUCUUAUUUACAAAGCUUGCAGGACAUAAGCACUGAGAUGGAGGACCUGGAUGAAAAUGUCUUCAACGACCCCAUGAACAGUGUCAUUGACUGGUCAGACGAAGGCCUUGCCCAUCAUGGUGGGGAGCAUGAUGAUGAGAGCUCGGAUGAUGAGUAUCGGCCUCCAAUUGCUUUACGAAUGGGUGGGGCAUUGAAGACACCACAGACCAUUGAAGGUGUUCCUGUUGUUGGGAUUGGUGAGACAGUGCAUGACCUGCCCACUGUGGAAGACCAGGAAGAGCCUCUUCAACCAAGUCUCGAGAUACAGGAUUUGCCAGAUUCUCAGAAAGUUAUAGAAAAAGAAGACAUUAUUGGUGUCAAAGCUGCAAUCAUCUAUGAGAACUGCUUGAGACAGCUUGUGACGUCGCUGAUCCUUCCGGUGAAAAGAUGUACGGGUGAUCUCAGGACUGGCGUCCCGUGUAACAGUGCUGGCCCCUUUCAUGUGAACAUCAUGUGUAAAGCCACCGCAAUGAUUGUAGAAUGGGUAUGUCCGGAUGGUCACAGAGUAUGGCGAUGGACUUCACAGCCUGUUUUAAAAUUUGGUAUGCAGGCAGGGGACUUUCUCCUUUCAACAAACAUUUUGCUUUCUGGAAGCAAUUACGCCAAAGUUGCGCUGAUGUUCAAGUUCAUGAACAUGGGAAUGGUGAACCCAAACACCUUCUUCAAUAUCCAAGACACCUACUGUGUUGACGCAAUAAGAGAAUUCUGGGAAGAGAAGAGGUCUGAGGCCAUCAACCGCCUUCAAGGAAAAGACAUUGCAGUCUGUGGGGACGGCAGGAAUGACUCACCUGGCCAUAGUGCGCAGUACUGCAGCUACACUACAAUGGAGCUUGAAUCGAGGGAAGUCAUUUAUGUGGCCACCAUUGAUAAGCGAGAGACAUCGUGGAAUUCGACAGUAAUGGAGAGGGAGGCCUUUAUCAAGACUGUAGACACACUCUCCAAAGAGAUCAAGCUGGUGGAAUUCUGCACAGAUGCCCAUGUGCAGAUUGGAGCCUUGUUGAAUCCAGACAAGGGCAAGUACAAGGACCUUGGCAUCCACCACAGCCUCGACAUGUGGCACGGCGCUAAGAAUCUGGCCAAAAAAAUCGCUGCGGCAUCAAAGGUGAAAGGACAGUCUAUUUUGCUUAACUGGCUGAAGGACAUCACCAACCACUUUUGGUGGUGUUGCAAGACCGCAGACACGUAUGCGGAAUUUCUUAACCUUUGGAUUGGCAUAACCCAUCAUGUGUGCAACGUACACUCGUGGAGAAUGGGAGGCUGCCAACACGGGCCAAUUGAAGAUGAGCCUGACAGACAGUGGAUUGAGAGAGACUCCGUUAGCCACAAAGCUCUGGUCGACAUUGUGCUCAACAAACGUUUUCGAAAGGAUGUCCACAAAUAUCUGCGCUUCAGAUCAACAUCGCACCUGGAGUCUUUUCAGAAUCAUAUCCUCAUGUACGCCAGCAAGCGCCACUCCUUCAGCCCACCAGUUUAUGAAGCACGAGUUUUGCUUGCAGCUCUUGAUUACAACCAUCACCGUGACAGACCGACGCUCACAACAUCAGAGGGCAAACAAAUUUUCAGACGCACAUUUAAUAAAAAUGCCAGGAGGUACAGUCUGUAUGCCGCGAAGGCCCAGAAGAGCUAUGAUUACAUAGCAAACCUACAAGGGAGAGUUCUUGAGCGAAGACUCUGCAGCGGAGUGGGAAUGCCAAGGACCAGGACACUUCGGCCAGACGACCCACGGAGACUUGGCGUUGUGCCCCCAGUCCCUCCACCAACAAUGUCGGAGCUUGUGCGGACGCAAGUCAGCCGAGGUCUAAGUUCGGCUUUCCAAGCCGCUGCUGAUGAUCAAUGAUGGAUCUCAUGACCACCUCCAGCCUGAUGUCAAGUAGCAAACAUGAUCAUUUUUGGAUUUUUACUUGUAUAUAUUUGUUUUUGCGUAAUGGGUGUGAGAAUCUUACUAUUUUUGACUGUAUGUAUGUAUAUAUUUUUGUAUAU